GCCUUGCUGCACUUGUUUAACAUUUGUUGUUAGGAAAAAUCAGGACGCUUUGCUGGUAUUACUACUCUCUUGAUAAAGUUACAUGCAGUUUCAGGACGCUUUGCAGGAUUUGAGUCUUUUUAACUCGUCAUUUGUUUAUUCUCCUUGCGCUGUACGACCUGCCUGCUACUUAUUACUUGCUAACUUAUGACAAUUUUUCGGAAUUCGUUGAAUCUACCUCAGUACACCAUCCUCCUGUGUUGUCGUCGGUGAGCUCUUUUUGCUUGGAUUCUACGUCUCUUUUACGUCUCAUUUUCGACUAUUGUGACAAUUUGUGAGUACUUGAAUAUACCACAGCUCGUCAUUAUCCUGUCUGCCGGUUUUCUGUGCCCGGAUUCUAAGUUCACUCUAACUUUUGAGCAGCCUCUGUCUUUCCACGUCAUCUUUUGGAGUAGUUGAAAAUGCCGAAAGUAAAGCAAGGAAGGAAAAAUGCUGGCAAGCCUGCAACGCCUCGUCGCACGCGGAAGGCUGGGACUGGGACUGGGAGUGCAUCGUCUACCUCGGUCGUCGAAGAGGACGUCGCUGGAGCUGGAGCCGGCACGAGUAUUAUAAACGAUGGAAAGGUUUCGGCAGCUAGCACCGGGCGCCGAUCAGCGGGGAUGCGUCAUACCCAUCCAUCUGUGGCGGACCUUUUUGUAGAGAGGAAUCGUCUCAUGCUGGCUUCUCGAGCGCAGAGCACUCAUUCUACCUAUAGGAAGGCUUGGGACGCAUUCGAGCAAUUUCGGUUGCGAUAUCACUACGAUAUAAAUGUCGAACCAGACGUUGAACAGGUGGCUCAGUUUAUUUCUUUUCUUUCAUGGCAUGGUUAUGCGGGAUCAACCAUAAGUACUUACAUUUCAGGGUUAGCCUUUGGGAUGCAGGCUUCGGGUUGGCCUGACACGACCGACUGUUUCGCCAUUCGGCGUUUGGUGGAUGGUUGUCGGCGCAAAUUUGCCCAGCAUGAUACUCGGUGCCCCAUAACUUUCCCCAUUUUGAAAUCGUUAAUUCAUGCCAUACCUCAUGUUUGUCCAAAUUCUUACAACCAGGCACUUUUUCGCGCCGCUUUUCUAGUGGCGUUUUUUGGCUUUCUCCGGGUGGGCGAGUUUACGGCUCAAUCUAAACGGGGCCCCCUUUCUUUGUUGGAAAACGAUGUUUGUAUACGGGGGGAGGGUCCCCGCAGAAAAUUGGAAGUCACAAUCCGGAGGUCAAAGUCGGAUCAGACAGGGAAAGGGUGUUGCAUUAUUAUUCCCACGAAUACUUCAUCUCCAAUGUGUCCUGUUCUGGCUGUAGAUAAUUACUUGUCCAUUCGUUCUAGUAGUCAGGGGAGAGAACGCGCCUUUUUCCGCCACUUUAGCACUCAGCCGUUGACGAGGCAUGAAUUUGGUAAAACAUUAAAACAGGCGAUAUCAUUCCUCAACUUGCCGGUGGAGUUUUAUUCCUCUCAUUCGUUCCGUAUCGGGGCGGCAACGUCUGCUGCAAUGGCAGGGAUCCCUGACGCUCGCAUUCAAAAUAUGGGGCGCUGGGCUUCUCUUUCCCACCGACGCUACAUCCGGGCCAAUUAUGCCUUGCUUGGCGAUAGUUUGUAAACAGGGGCGAUCGCCACGGCCAAGUAUUUUGCCUAAAGUAAUUAAUACAAAGGUCGCGCUUCUUGGUAUUUUGUUCCCCCUUUCUUUUCUAGUAAUCUCAUUUUACAAAUUAUGUUGCUUUUAGUCAGAAGCUGGGUUUUUAGCUGCAAGUUUAAGGGUGUGUUACUUACAGAUAGGCAGCUCAAAAUAUGAAGUGAAGAAGGGAUGUUUUCAUUACAUUUGAUUUGAAUGUGGUCGCUGGUAAUUUCUAUUUUGAUAACAAGGGUAGUGAGGGGCGUUAUGCAUAUCUUGGUUAUGAGCAUGCCCGUAAUUUAGUGAUGCAGGUUAUUUAUGUAUACUGGAAGUAGAAUUAUUCACUAGUUGCAUUUUGUACUGUGUUCAAAAUACUCAAUGGCGGGUUUCUCGCUCGCUUGGCAGUGCAUUAGUGAACACUGAAUACAGAAUGGGGUUGAAUUCAGUGGCAACAUAUUUAAGUGCCUACAAUAUAAUAUAUUAUGCAUUGUUAUAUAUUGUUAUGAUGUGUUAUAGCAUGUUUUGGGGCCAUCAGGCUCCUAAGUUGUAGUUCGCCUUGCUGCUUGUCCUUUUUGUUUUUUCUCUCCCCAUUGCAGCUGAUAUGAUUCCGCCUGGCUGUAACCCGUUCAACAUUUGGUUUGGAAGGAGCCUGCUUACUCUCGAUCUACAUGCCACGCGUCCAAGCGAAUUUUUUCUCGACCUGGGUCUUUAAACGAACUUGAAGGGGGGCACCAGUCGGCUAUACCUCAUCCUUUGUUUAUCCGCGAUCUACUUUUCGAUAUAGCACAGUCAUGAACUAGUUUGUGGGUCAGACCUGCCACGUAAUAACACGUGGCAUUUCCUUCGGAGCGAUGCCAUACCCCCCCCCCCCCCCUCCCCUCACUGCCCGUUCGACCAUUAAUGUUUGACCUAUGUGGCCCCUGGACAUUUUACGACUCUAUUUUGCCCCUCGUCCAGCCAAAGUAUUACGGCUCUUCGCUAAUUCAGCUUGUAUGUCCAUUGGAUUUCUUGGACGGAUAACAGAAGUCGGGAGUUCACGUUUUGUUUUUAACAGAUUUUAGAUGUUAAAUGUGUUAUAAGAUGUUUAGGUUUAGGUUUUGCUCUUGCGCGAAGCAGAAUGUGUUGUGGCGGCGGGAUGUCAAUCCGGGCAAGAUGUACCCAUAUUUUCCAUCCCGUUUGGCGGAAUUGCAUUUUUUGCCACACCACAUUCGUUCGUUCAGUAAUUUACUUUAUCAUUAUAUAAACAUAGUUGUAUAACGAGAGGCUUCCUGAGAGGUUUAUUACAAUUCGCAAAAGAAUAAUGAUUAUUAGCGCCCACGUUGGCCUGGUGGGCUACGGCAAGCUGAGAAAUCUUGUCGUAGAUAGGCCUGUGGAUGGAUUUAUAUGUAUUUCCCCUACUUUGGCCACGUGGCAAGCUGGGAAAUCUUGGCACGAAAUUUAAGUAGGAAGGGCAAGCUGUGAAAUCUUGCCAUGGUUUUGGGUAAGCUGUGAAAUCUUACCAUUAAUUAUCGAACUUGGCAAGCUGUGAAAUCUUGCCAUGAUUGCGGGUAAGCUGUGAAAUCUUACCAUUAAAUAUUGAACUUGGCAAGCUGUGAAAUCUUGCUAUGUUCGUGUUUUUCUGAAUUUUGAUUAUUUUUAUUCCCACCUAUAUUGGUUGAACUAUAUUUACAGUAUUAUCGAAAAUCAUUAGUAACCUCAGGAGGCCUCCACACCUAUUUCUUUAUGUAAAAGAACGUAUGAUAAUAUUAUGACUUUUCUUGAUGAUUUGAGAAUUUGAAUACGGCGAUGCUACUCGCUUAAUUAUUAAACCACGAAAUACCGCAUAUAACUGUGUUUGUAUCUUUGUUGUGUCUGGACUUGGAUAAUAUCUUUUAGCGAAAGUAUUUCGUUAACAAGCGGUUAUCCAGAGUCUAGACAUCAAGGGCGUAGUUGGAAAUCUCCCCGCCUGGCGAUCUUGGCGCGGACAGGUGGUCCAGUUUUACGACUUUGUUGACAAAAAAUUAUUGGCGGGGAGAUUUCUUCCCUACCUCCUCACUUUUCUUCGUGGUGUUCAGAGUAGCAGGUCGUAUUAAUUUCGAUCGCUUGUUUGAUUAUUUCCAAUUCCUACAAAUUUCCCCACCUCCAUCCCCUACACCUCCAUUUAGCUAGAAGGGUAGGCGUCUCUUUCCUAUUCCAUAUAGAAUUUUGGCUCGUUAUUCGCGCUCUGGAGCUAUGAGCUUUGUCGCACCUAUAGGGUGGGCCGCAAGGGAAUUUUCCGUCCGCCCCUUUUCACUCUUUUUAGUACUUUUGGUUUCAUAUACUUUUGGCUUUGGGUGUUUUGGGGGGUCCGACGUUUUGCCCUUGCCAGAGCGCGCUAAAUUUUGCUAGGGUGUAUUAGUCAGUUCAUUCAUUUGUACAGUAAUUUACUUUA